AAAGGCAGUCCCCACCUACGACGCAGUGUUGCCUAUCAACGAUCUCUUGUAAGAAAAUGAAUUUCACUGGAAAGAUGACACACAGCCAACACAAGUCUGAUGAGAAUGUACACAGCUUUUUCAAACCAUCUCAGAUGGCAAUGGGUCUUCCCAGGCAAAGACUGCAGGUCCUCCAACCCUUAGCUGGCAAUGUUGGAAAUAUCAUUCCCAAACGGAAAAUGUGGAGCUCAGAACAAACUAGAGGUCCAAAGAGGGUGAAGGUAGAAGUCAAAUCUACACAAACAGAAGAAACUCAGUGUUCAACAGAUGGCAUGACCAGUGAAGCAUAUGAUCUUAUGGUCGUCGAAACUCCUCCUUCCAACUACUGGAAAGAGACAGCUGAGGAGCGUCGGAAGGCCUUGCAGGUUGUCAUACAGGAGAAUAAGAAGCUGCACAAAUGCAUUGAGGCCAAAGAGGAACAGAUAACACAGCUAACGUGUGAAAAUGGAGAGCUGCAGGCGCUGGCACAGCACGUACAGUACAUGGCGGAUAUGAUUGAGCGGCUGACUGGGAAGAGUCCAGACAAUCUGGAGGAACUGCAGGAUAUUGCUCUUGAUGUGGUAGAUGAUGAUGAGGAGGAUGAUGCCGACUCUGAUUUCAGUCAUAGUGACUCGGUGGAAGAAGAGACCUCAGACCACGAAGAAGAUGAAGAAGAGACCUCGGACAAUGAAGAAGCUGGACCUUCGUCAGAGCAGGAUUAACUGACACAGCUCUUCUCUGUCAUGGGACCUUGACCUGCUUAUACAUGUUUGCAGAUUCAGGCGAAAGUGUUCUUUGGCAGCAACAAGUGGCCAUCCAUUGACUCAAUUGGCUUUACAAAGUAAUUUAUUUACUCGAAACUGCAAUAGUUUUAAAUGCAUGCAAUCUUUAUAUUUUUCCGCCUUAACAGACGGGGGCUUGUUUUAUUGGUUUUGAUUGAGAAGUUUGUGUUGUGCAGUGGUUUGUUGACUGAGCUUGUGUGAAGAUGCAUUUUUCAAAAAGCUACUUGCCACGGUCUUUAAAGUAGCUUUCAGCGUCUUUGUGUCCACUCAAAUUUGUGCCCCAGUUUAAUUCAGCGUGACUGGUCUGCCUGGCUCAGAAAGCGGGGGGAGCGUAGGGGCGUGUGUGAGAGUGGACAUUUUUUUUUCCCGCCUUUAACC